UGUGUGCUGACUGAAUCGUCUGCUGGUAAAUACUCCGAAAAGCUAUAUUUUGACGUCUAAUUUGGUAACGUAGAAUCCAUAUCUUGGUCCAAACAAUGCUGCUCACUAUGGUAGUUCUAGUUGGAUUCAUCAAAACCACAACACAAUACAGUUUGACUUUGGAAGGGGAUCUUACUAUCGGAGGGUUGUUUCCAAUGCAUCUUCAACAACCCCAGUCGUGCUCGUGCGACCCGCUGUCGACCUCUCAGUGUCGUCGAUAUACAAAAGGAAUAUUUCUUGCAGAGUCUAUGGUUUAUGCUGUUGAACUUGUGAAUAAACAAGCGAUACUUCCUUUUAAUGUAUCUCUUGGCUACAACAUCAGUGACACCUGCAGCUCUUUAGGUGUUUCAUUGAGCAGCGCGCUAACAUAUGCAUCUCUUCGAAAAUCUCAAUGGUUUCAUCAGGAUAACAGAACAUUUACACAAGAAAAAAGACGAACUCUACUUGGUGUAAUAGGAGCGGGAAAAAGUGAAUUGAGUUUAGCUGUGAAUUAUAUUCUUAGCCUUUAUGAUAUUCCUCAAGUUGCUUACGCUUCAAGUGCAACCUUCUUAAAUGAUAAAAGCCGAUAUAAAACCUUCCUAAGGGUGCUGCCUCCAGACGGCCUUCAAGCGAAAGCAAUAGCUCAACUUAUUGCCCAUUUUAAAUGGAACUAUAUAUCGAUGGUGUCGACUGAUGACCAUUAUUCUGGCGCCUUGCGCCAGGCCUUCAAGGAAGAAGCUCGACGACUUGACAUUUGUUUAUCCAAUGAUGUGGUGUUUUCAAACACUUUGCCACCCACGGAUGAUAUUCAGAAUGAAUUAGAAAAGAUUAAGCAAACUAAAAACUCCAGUGUUAUUUUGUUAUUUGCGACUGAAACGAAAGCUGAAGAGAUUAUUAAGGUGGCAGACGCACAAAAUUUGACAAGCCGCAUAUGGAUUGCCAGCGAUUCAUGGUCAAACGCCAAAAGGAUUAUUCAACAACGGCUGUCAGUUCUAAAAGGCAGCGUUGGUAUCAUGUUCAGCUAUCAUCGUGCUGACGGAUUUCGAGAAUAUUUACGAGGCAAAUUAAGAAAGUCUACAGAAAUCUUAGAUAAGAAUUCCUGGCUUCAAGUUUUGACUGAUGUAUUAAGAACAGAAGGCCUUGAUUCUGCCUUGCAGUCACAAGACGCUCAAUCUGAAAAAAUACUCAGGACUGCGUUUGCGCAGAUUGAUUACGUCAUGAACAGCGUAUAUUUAUUGAGUCAUGCGAUUAGAGAGUUUUGCCUCGACUUGAAGUUCCUAUCAAAUACUACGGCAACAGAAAAGAAACAAAAGUGCCUUGAAACAAUUUACCCAAAAGUCUUGUUGGGGUAUCUCUUCAACAAAACGAUCAGAGGUUUCAGCAGAAAUUUUUCUAUAGAUGAAAAUGGAGAUCCUGCGGAAUGUCAGUAUGACUUUUAUAAUAUCCAAGAUAACAAUGGAGAACCGAACUACGUGAAAAUAGGACAAUAUGACUCCAAAUCAAUGCUACUUGACUUAAACGACUCCAUAGUCGAUUUUGGUAACGGUUUUGGUCGCAUACCCGCAUCUCAAUGUAGUGAAGUAUGUCCAGCAGGAUAUUUCGUCAUAAGGGAGAGUAUCCAAUGCUGCUGGGAAUGCAAGCCAUGCCAGAACAACGAAAUAAGCAAUGUCAGUAUGGCAACAAGCUGUGUUGCUUGCGACGACGAUUACGCGGCUAAUGAAAACAAGAGUCGAUGUGUCUAUGUCCCAUUGCAGUACUUUUCAUGGACACACCCUUCUGCUAUAGUGCUUGGUCUAAUAACUAUAUUUGGAUUCCUCUUGACUGUUUUUAUCCUGGCAGUGUUUAUAAGACAUCGGAAAAGCCCUGUAGUUCGAGCAAGUUGUUUUGAGAUCACAAUAGCUCUUCUUGUGAGCAUUGCAAUGGGAUUUCUUCUUCCAAUUAUUCAACUUAGUAAACCAAGUAGUUCUUUAUGUAAGGCAUCUGCAUUCUUAUUUGCCAUUAUUUUCACGUUAAUUCUAUCGCUGACAUUAGCAAAAAUUUAUCGAACUGUUCUGAUUUUAAACAAUCGAUACAGCACCAAGUUAUAUCAAGCUCGAUGCUUGCGCUCAAGUCGCGCUCAUUUCAUCACUGUGGCUGUCCUCACGGCAAUACAAGUAUCGAUUUGCAUGGCUUGGUUUCACGAUCAACCUCCCCUGGAUAAGAUCACGAAAACACUCUCUCUGAACCCAUCGCGGUAUUUGUGGUGCACCAACAACACAAGUUACUGGUUUCUAAUUUCAAGUGGUUUUUUGAUUCUCUUGAGUGUUCUCUGCACAAUACUUGCGUUCAAAUCUAGGAAUUUCCCAGAGAACUACAACCAUGCAAAGUUUGUGUCACUCGCCAUGUUUACAUUUGAUAUGGUGUGGUUGUCCUUAAUGGCGGCCUACUAUGGAAGCACUGAACGAGGAGUCAAACAACAUGUCAUUCACAUCUGCGCAGUAAUAUUUUCAAACUUCCUUCUACUGCUGUUUAUCUUCGCGCCUAAAGUGUACGUAAUUUUCUUCAGACCAGAGCUAAACAACGCGCGAACAUUUCGUGAAAUGAACUUUCAGCAUAUACUACAAGGAGCAGCAGAGCAGUCUAGGACCUUCUCACUUGCUUCUUUACAAGGUCAUGGUAAUGUUUAUAUGAUGAGCUCUGGCGAUGAGAAUAACAAAGCAGUACAAACUCCUCGUACAUAUACCCGUGAUCAGCAGAUUCAAGUGGAUUUUAAGCACCAACUCGUGGUUCAUAAGAGAAGCUUAGGCCAUAGAAUUCUAGGAAUUGGUGCAAGAAAACGCCACAUGGUCGAGAAGAGAGCAUAUAGUGAAAGCGACGCAUGUGACCCUCCAGAAAUACCAGGAAAGUACUUUCGUUCGUCUAGUAAAAGAUCGAAUGACUCUAACGAUGCAAAUGGACUUCGCAUGAUUGAAGAAGGUACUCCCUUGGCAAUUACUGCCCCCAGCACUGAACCUACUCCACGACAAGAAACUCAUUUGAUGACAGAACAUCUUGACGCUGAGAAUAAUGAUGAUAUUUUUGACAUUGAGGCGACUAAAAAUUAAUUGGUCCCAAUAAAGGAAACUGUGAGAAGGUUUAUAAUGGAAAAGAAUAAAUUAUUGUACUAAAAUUGGAACAUGAAUAUCUGGAACUCUCGAAUCACUUCAGAGUUUGUUUUGCUGGUCUUGACUUUUUAACAAUAUCUGUCACUAAAUGAAAUUUUGGUUGUCUUGUUCUAUUAACCCGUUCUUUCUCUGUAGAAACGUUACCAUGGCAAUUGGAAAGGCGGUAGCUUAUUGCCAGGGAUGUACUACUGCUAUGCUAUAAUGAUAUUCCUGAGUUAAUUAAUCUGUCAACUGUUUAUUCUUCAUUACCUGCAGGGCUGAGCACAUUAAUGACGUUCAGGCAUGUCAAAAGCUUGAUAAAACUGAAUAAAUUGCUUAAACGUUGCUAAACUAAUUCGGCUAUGAUAUCAGAAAGAUAAAUCAUGCAAGAUUAAUAUAAUGCCGAUGGUUCCAAUAGCAGUUAUUUUUUUAACAAAUGUCUGAUUGAAAAGAAAUAUCAUAACAUAGGACUGUUUAUCGAUACUCCAAAAGAUGGACAAACUCUAGAUGUACACAAAAGAAAAAAGAGUGGCAAAUGAUGAGAGAUCAAUUCAAAAACGAUUUCAGCCGAUUACUUUCUCGCGUUGAAUUUAUCAAGUUUUUAUGAAGGCAGCUUCGUUGUUUGCUUGAAUAACGUUUUCAUUAUAUAUUUCAUCAAAUAUUCUCUUAACUUUUACAGCUAUUUUUAGUUGAAAAAUCUAUGAACCUAUUGAGAAGGUUUCCAUACAAGUUAUUCAAGACUCUCAUUCAUCAUUACGACCAUGAAUAAUAAAUAAUACAGCAGUCGCCGUUUCUGACAUAUACACCUGCAGUACUAGGACAAUGUAUAGAAGUCGAUUAACAGUAGUUCAAAAAAACGAACAAGUUUUAAUGGCGUAUUUUGAACAAUUGACUGGAAAAUGAUAUGAAAAAGUGACUCAUGUAACAAACUAUCGUUAGCUUGACAGCGUUAAAAGUCCUAGGACACUUGAAAAUAUGUCUCAAUUCAACUAUCAGUUUGCAGCUCAUUAUUGUGUUCUUGAAUAAACAUUUGGGCUUACCUUAAGUUAUAUCAGUUUUUCUUUUGAACAAAGGCCAUCUCAAGACACAGAACGAUGUCGCUCUCUGAGAACAAGAAAUAACUGACCAGAUCAAAGGUGCAAAUUUUGCUUAGAUUAUUAGUAUAACUCGAAGCGCCUUUUCUGUCUAAUCUAAAUUCCUGUUUAAUUAAUUAUAUAUCAGUUGGUAUGAUAGUCAGCACGAUAUUAUGACUUUUACACCAGAAAUAACGAUGUUUGCGCUUCGGGACAAGUAAAGUUUAACAAUUAAAGUGAUCAAU